CCAUAGUAAGCACGGCGCAUCUCACUGCACUUUGGUAAAGUCGAGUAAAAAAGUUGAGUAAAAAACAGGCACGAUGACGGCAUUUGUGCGGUCCCUGAAUGCUCUUCGGGGAGGUAUCUCUUGUAGGUUCAACGCAGAGAUCGGGAAAUGUUCACCAAUCGAGUGGUCGUCCCGAGUGCUUUCUACUAUGAAUCUUGCCAAUCGAUAUCAACAAAUCGGCCAACAUCACUCUGUUCUAUCCAGGACCAUGUGUAUGUCAACAGAACAGAGCUCUUCUCUCCUCAGCGUUCCUCCUCAUCAGAAAUCAGAUGUGCUGUCAGCAGUGAGGAGCGAUAUUAACCAAGGGAGAAUGUUUGCAAUCGUCUAUAUAUCAGGCGCCCAGCACAAAGUGACGACAGGCGACCUUGUUCUCCUUCAGAACCACAUCAAGGCCGACGUAGGAGAUAGAAUCAGAUUAGAAAAGAUACUUCUACUUGGAGGAGAAUUUACUCUCAUAGGUAAACCAAUGCUGAGCUUGGACACAGUGCGAGUGGAAGCCACCGUGAUCGAAAAAACGGUCAGCGAGAAGAAGGUCCACUUCAGAUUUAAGAGGAGAAAGAGAUUUUCUAGCUACCGAGAGAGACAGACAGACUUGACCGUUUUGAGGAUUAACAGCAUCGAAGCCCAGCUGAGGUGACAUCGACCUACAACAAACUCGUGCUCAGUCACGACAAGAAAACCGACUCCACAUCAAUCAAGCCUAUAAUAAUAACAAUAGUAUGCAACAGUUUUAUAGUGCUUCAAUACAAAUGUUUUUAAGUGCUGCAUACUUAUUACCCUGGUAUUAGCUCGACUACCUUGAUCGGGUGCUGGAACAUUCAUGGAAUACCUACCUACCAGGUACCCAUUUACUACACCUGAGUGGAGAGUGGCAAAUGUUGAUAAACACCUAGCCAAAGGACGCGAGUGCUGCAAUGGGAUUUGAACCCUGGACCUUGUGGUUUUAAUGUUCAGAGAUUUAUCCACUUUGCCAGAACACCUCUCUGAAAGUGAGCGACUCUCUGUUGGGAUAGCCGCUUUGUAGCCCUUUUGAAAAAUGGCUAGAAAGCUGUGAUUUUUUUCUCCAUUUAUUAUGUUUUUCUCCACAGUAAUGUGGACAUUAAAUGGCAACAAAGUGGCUACAAAUCACA